AUACUGUCAGAAUGUGGGAGGGUGGGUCUCAUCUCCUCCUAAAUAAACCACUCUCCACUAAAGUUGUUUCACCUUGUAUGUGUGCAGCUUUUUUUUCUUCUUUUUUCUAUUUUCUUUUUUAACAUAGUGUCUUUUUUUCUUGUUUAUAAGCAUUUUGUAUAGUUGGAUGUUUCAAAUUUGACUAUUUAUCCUAACCUGAGGAGGUGGUACGUUCCAGUUAGGUGAGAUUGCAACAACACCUUGCUGCAUUCUCACAGAAGUUUUCUCAGAGCGGCGUUCGUCUGGAUGGUUUUCCUGAUGCACGGAUGGGGAACACACAGAUGUGCCGCCGGGCUCCCGUGUAGGCCCAAAGAGCUCACGGCCCUCACCAAGAGUCUGGUAGAGGCGAGCCUGACAAGUUUUGACGAAGCCAACGGGAAGCACCUGGGCACCUGGAGCCCCGGCUUCCCCGAGCUGCAGGUCCACCCCGAGUCCCCCCCCACGGGGCCCCAGGUCCAAUGCAGCCUCCACUUCUUGGCCCAAGGCCUGCUGAAGAUCUUACACGACCAGAGAACCAGCAUCUUCCCCAGAGACGCGCCGCUCCUCCAGACCCUCAGAGACGCCGUUUCCAGGGUCCAGCAGCUGGAAGCGUGCGUGAAGAGUUAUUUUGGAGGCCAAUGUGCCCCCAAACCGCCUCCACCCAAAAUGCCAAAGUACGUGUUUGAGAGAAAACAGUGGAGUCACACGCUGAUCAAAUCCGCCAGGGAAUAUCUGAACUGGUUGCAACAUAAGUUUCAGAAUCAGAUUUCAAAAGCAAGAAAAACAAGUAAGAUGAAAUGGAGUACUCAAAAGGCAAAAAAUCUGGGGUACUUUGUGGGAAGAGGGCAUCAGUUGUGAUUUCCGAUUUGAAAAUUGAGGUUAGAUAUGCAGCUAUGAAUUUAGAAUCUUCACAUCUAGUCUUUUUUUUGCUUUUUUUUUAAUACUAGGAUUGGGUUUAUGAAUAACUGUUGACAAAGUAACUGUAAAUGGAGCUGUGAAUGGGCCGCCUAAAGUAAGGUAGCCAGACUUAGCUUGUUAAAUCUCUUUCUUUUUUUUUUUUAAGGUAAAAUUAAUUUAUAGGUCUACCUUUAGCUCUCACAAGUUUUUUUCUAAUCACUUUCCUUAGCAGUGUUGGGUGAGAUUAUUUCCACCACCCUAUGUUGCUGUAUAGAUUCAAUAUUACAAUAAAAGAUAGCACCCAGUUAGCUUAGCAUUACGUAGCAUAACUAACAGACAGGAAUUUAAAUAAAUGUUAAAAAACUACGUCCAUUUUCAAAAAAUGUAUAUAAUUGAAUUCAUAAACAGGUUUUCUAAAAUAAGAAUCAAUUUGGGGUUUCCUAUUUUCCAAAAAUGUCAGUUUCCUGUUGCUUUGUUUAGCUAAAUUUGAUGCUAAUUGUUUCUUUCACAGCUGCAUCUCACCAAAUUGUGCUAGAUUUUAAAAAAGACAUACCAGUCCUAAUGUAAAGCUAUUUCACAAAUGGCUUUGUUUUAUUAAACCCCUCUAAGCCUAAAGAAUUGACACGUCCCCCAUGUGACGGUAAUUAAUCAACUUGCUAAGGAAGCAAGUGAAUUUCCUAAUUGCAGCCGUUUGUUUUCCCGGCCUUCACAGUGAUUGAUUGUUUUGCUCUGACCACCUUUCCCUGGUGGGCCGCUACAUGCCUGAGGCAGGGCAGGAGGCUGAUGGGAAUCUUCCCUCUUCAGACUCUAAUCAGUGGAUUUCUCUGUGAGAUCUGCAGCCAGAUGGACAGUGAACCAUCGGGCAUAUUUGUCUGUCGGACUCCCAUCAAAUAAAUGUAAGAAAACAACAUCCUGAAAACAAGAUUAAUGCCGGUGUCGGUCUGCUCGGGCCUAGUGACGAGUCAAGUCUUUUCCAUUUCAUUACUCCCCGUGCCCUUUAGAUUAGUCCUAAAAAUGUUAAAAGUUAAUAAGAUUUGUUUGUCAUCACUGGUAUGUUUUUCUUAAAUAAAAAACGUGCUUAUUUCAAUUA